CUCCUGUAUUUCUUUCAUUAAUCCUCUCCUUCGCCGGCUUGCUUCCAAUUCCUUUCUUUGCGAUUAUCAUCCACCAUGCACUCUUUUCAAAAUUUCUUCAGUGUACUUGGCUGCUGGAUCCUCGUGUUUCUUUCCGUCGUCAUUUCCUGGACGUUCAGUCCAUCUCUCCGACGUCAGGACACCAUUACAUUGAACCUCGUUUUCACCCUAUUAUAUCCUCUUAUCGCCGCUUCCUACUCAAUUUACAAAGCUUUCGAUCCCGAGAUCUUCUCGCCUGCGAACCGUGCACCAUUAGACUAUGGCCCCCACCAAGUUUCAGCUUCCGCCACCUUCGCCUCUUCAUUAGCGCUAUAUGAGACCUACGCCUUGCUCGCACCAAUCCUCAUGCUUAUAUCAGAAGCACACGACCAUUGUUACAGAUCUAUUAGCGUCUUUGCAAUUGCAGCAGUUGGCCUGUUCGGGAAGACUGUGCUCCUACUGAAGUCGCCGGAAAUCCCCUUCAAUACUUUACGACCAAUUAUCUUCAGCGAGUUAUGGGCGGUUAUGGGGUUGCUCAUGAUUAGUAUCUUGAUUGCACUUUCCUUUCAGGCCAUCCGAAAACGGCCCAUUAGAAGUUUUGGAGAGAUAAAGGAGCAGGAAAAGUGCUCAACGAUCUUAGCGAGAACACUUCACAUACCCAUAUUUUACAUUGCGUAUGCGGUGUUAGGGUACAGGGGUCUUUGGAUCUAUGAUCGGACACUCUACCAACCAUUUAAUUCCCUUUUAUUUAUUCCGGGAAGUUUUCAUUCGAUCUUAGACUUAAAACAAGGAGUGGUGUUCGGUGCUGGCAUCUUGAAUAUUGGGUGGACAUUGUACGAAGCAUUCUGGAAGAAACGGCGGGAAGUAUGUCAAGAUUGUUUGAGUUGGAAGUGGCAUAGCCUGCCUAUACUAAUUGAUUUCUUUGCGUUUUGGUAA